CCGAGUGCCCCGACCGGGAUGGCGGCCGUUUUGGAGUCGCUGCUGCGAGGAGAGGUGUCGGUCGCAGCCGCUGUGCGGUGGAUCGCGCGCAGCGCCCAGAGUUCGGAGGAUGACUCCGAGGAGGGGGCCGCGCUGAGCGCACUCCGGCCACUGCGGAAGGAAUUCGUGCCGUUCCUGCUGAACUUCCUGAGGGAGCAGAGCAGUCGCGUCCUCCCGCAGGGCCCUCCAACGCCCGCCAAGGCUCCGGGCUCCUCAGCGGGCCUGCCAGGGAAGCCAGGGGGCCCGCCGCGGGGCGGCCGCGGGGCGCGCAGCCAGCUCUUCCCUCCGGCCGAGCCUUCGAGCGCCGCCGCCGCCGCCGCCGAGGCCCCUUCGGCCCGCCGCGGUAGCAGGAGGCGGGGCCCGGGGCCGACCCGCGAGCGGGAAGGCCGCGGCCCCGGGGCCCUGGAGGAGGGGGUCGGCGGGGAGAGCCUGCCCUGGGCCGCCGCUGGCCGGAGGCCUAGGGGCUCUGGCAGUCCCGGCAGCCCCAGCCUCGCACGCUGUGAUCCGCCAAACCUCAGCAAUCUGGAGGAGUUCCCUCCAGUAGGCUCGGUUUCCCCCGGCCCUGCAGGCAGGACGAAGCCUUCACGCAGGAUCAACCCAACUCCGGUGAGCGAAGAGAGGUCACUCUCCAAGCCCAAGACCUGCUUCACUUCACCCCCAAUCAACUGUGUCCCCAGUUUCCAACCCUCAGUCCUGGACACUAGCCCUUGGGGCCAUGGCCUUCCCCCAGGGUGCAGAAGUCUCCAAGAGGAACGGGAGAUGCUCAGGAAAGAGCGCUCUAAGCAGCUGCAGCAGUCACCUACUCCCACUUGUCCAACCCCAGAAUCGGGGUCACCCCUCCCAAGCCGGGCAGGAAACCUCACAGCUGAACCCGCUGACCCUGCCAGGGUGUCUUUCCGCCAGCGCCUGGAGCUGGUAGCCCUUGUGUACUCUUCAUGCAUUGCAGAGAACCUGGUACCAAACCUCUUCUUGGAGCUUUUCUUCGUGCUUCAGCUCCUUACUGCCAGGAGGAUGGUGACCAUCAAGGACGGUGACCUUGAACCGAGUCCAGGAGCCCUAGGUUGCCUGGGAAGCCCACUGUUCCAGAGUGUCCACGAUUGUGUCUUCUUCGCAGUGCAGGUUCUGGAGCAUCAGUUUCAAGUUCUUUCCUACCUGGACAAAGGGACCUUGAAGCUGUUGGCUGAGAAUGAACGACUGCUAUGCUUCUCACCAGUUCUGCAAGGCCGCCUCCGAGCUGCCUAUGAGGGCAGUGCUGCCAAGGUCUCUCUGGUGAUGCCACCCUCUGCUCAAGCUGUCUCCUUUCAGCCAGAAACUGACAAUCGUGCCAACUUCUCCAGUGACCGAGCCUUUCAUACUUUUAAAAAACAGAGGGAUGUGUUUUAUGAGGUGCUUCGAGAGUGGGAAGAUCGCCAUGAGGAGCCUGGCUGGGAUUUUGAGAAGGGCUUGGGCAGCAGGAUCAGAGCCAUGAUGGGUCAACUCUCUGCAGCCUGCAGCCACAGCCAUUUUGUUCGGCUUUUCCAGAAACAACUUCUCCAGAUGUGUCAGAGCCCUGGUGGUGCUGGUGGUACUGUCUUGGGUGAGGCUCCAGAUGUGUUAAACAUGCUCGGAGCUGACAAGCUGGGGCGGUUGCGGCGACUGCAGGAAAGGCUUGUGGCCCCUCAGAGCAGCGGUGGGCCCUGCCCACCGCCCAGCUUCCCAGGCUGUCAGGGCUUCUUCAGGGAUUUCAUCCUGAGUGCAAGCAGCUUCCAGUUUAAUCAGCAUCUCAUGGAUAGUCUGAGUUUGGAGAUUCGGGAGCUCAAUGGCCUUGCCCUGCCACAGCCUGAGCCCAGUGAUGAGGAGGAGGAGCCAGAUGCGGACUGGCAGGGUGAACGGAGGCAGUUUACUAUGGUUCUGCUCAGCCUGAGGCUUCUGGCUAAAUUCCUGGGCUUUGUGGCUUUCCUGCCAUACCGGGGGCCUGAACCACCCCCGACCCGGGAGCUCCAGGACUCCAUUCUGGCCCUGAGGAGCCAGGUGCCACCUGCCCUGGACGUGCGGGCUCUGCUGCAUCAGGGGUUGCGGGCCCGCCGAGCGGUGCUCACUGUGCCCUGGCUGGUGGAGUUCCUUUCCCUUGCUGACCACAUUGUUCCCAUGCUGGACUAUUACCGCAGCAUCUUCACUCUCCUGCUGCACCUACAUCGAAGCUUGGUCUUGUCAAAAGAAAGUGAAGGGGAGAUGUGUUUCCUGAACAAGCUGCUGCUGCUUGCUGUUCUGGGCUGGCUUUUCCAGAUUCCCACUGUCCCUGAGGAUCUCUUCUUUCUGGAAGAGGGUCAUGUCUUUGAAGUGGACACUGUAGCUUCAGAGCAUGGCUUGGAUGGCAUGCCAGUGGUGGACCAGCACCUGCUCUACACCUGCUGCCCUUAUAUCGGAGAACUCCGCAAACUGCUUGCUUCAUGGGUAUCAGGCAGCAGUGGUCGAAGUGGGGGCUUCGUGAGGAAAAUCACCCCCACCACCACCACUGGCCUGGGAGCCCAGCCUCCUCAGAGCCCCCAGGGCCUGCAGGCACAGCUGGCUCAAGCCUUUUUCCAUAACCAGCCACCCUCCCUGCGCAGGACUGUGGAGUUUGUGGCAGAGAGGAUUGGCUCUAACUGUGUCAAACACAUCAAGGCCACUCUGGUGGCAGAUCUGGUACACCAGGCAGAGUCGCUUCUUCAGGAGCAGCUGGUGGCACAGGGACAGGAAGGGGGAGAUCCAGCCCAGCUGUUGGAGAUCUUGUAUUCACAUCUGUGUCCCCACGGGGCCCAGGCACUGAGCCAGGGAAGGGAGUUCUGCCAACAGAAGAGCCCUGCUGCCGUGCGGGCACUGCUUCCCGAGGAGACCCCAGCAGCUGUCCUAAGCAGCGCAGAGAACAUAGCUGUGGGGCUUGCAACAGAGAAAGCCUGUGCUUGGUUGUCGGCCAACAUCACAGCGCUGAUCAGGAGAGAGGUGAAGGCAGCAGUGAGUCGCACACUUCGAGCCCAGGGUCCUGAACCAGCUGUCCGGGGGGAGCGGAGGGGCUGCUCCCGUGCCUGUGAGCACCAUGCUCCCCUCCCCUCCCACCUCAUCUCCGAGAUAAAAGAUGUACUCUCUCUGGCCGCAGGGCCCCGGGCCCCUGAGGAGGGAGUUUCCCCGGAGCAUCUGGAGCAGCUCCUAGGCCAGCUGGGCCAGACACUGCGGUGCCGCCAGUUCCUGUGCCCACCUGCUGAGCAGCAUCUGGCAAAGUGCUCUGUGGAGUUAGCGUCCCUCCUCGUUGCAGACCAGAUUCCUGUCCUAGGGCCCCUGGCACAGCACCGGCUGGAGAGAGGGCAAGUUCGAAGGCUCCUACUUGUGCUGCUAUCCCUAUGGAAGGACGACUUUCAGGUGCCAGUCCCUCUGCAGCUACUGCUGCGCCCAAGAAAUGUGGGGCUCCUGGCAGACACUCGGCCGAGGGAGUGGGACCUGCUUCUGUUCUUGCUCCGGGAGCUGGUAGAGAAAGGUCUGAUGGGACGGAUGGAGAUAGAGGCCUGCCUGGGCAGCCUCCAUGAGGCCCAGUGGCCAGAGACUUGGCAAGAUGAGAUAAUAUGCAAUCAAGUACUCAGUAGGUAGUGGUAAGUACUCACUAGGUGGUUCGGAGCCUCCUGCCACAGUUCACUCCCCCUGCUGGAACUUGAGCAUCCCAGAGUACUAACGGGACAAGGUUUCAGGUCAUUUCAGUAUAAAGGCCAUUGGGAAAAUACAGCUAGGGUUUGAUAUUUGAAACUGAUUUUUAGUAGAAAGGAUGAGCCAGCCAGAAUUAUGUCUGCUGCUUCUGUCAUCUUUCUGUUUAUUCCAGGACUUUGCUGAAGAAUUAGCAACACUGUUCAACCUGUUUCUAGCUGAGCCCCACAUGCCAGAACUCCAGCUAAGAGCUUGUGAGCUGGUGCAGCCAAACCGGGGGACUGUGCUGGCCCAGAGCUAGGGCGGGAAGUGGCCCUGCCUUGGGUGUCCCCUCGGAAUGCCUGAGUCCCGCCUGACUGUGCCGCCCCAGGUGCCCACUGCUGCCCUUGCUGGGGUGGGAGGAGCUGAGUCUAAUCAGGCUUCCUCCUCACAUGUGAAGGAAGUGAGCGGCUGCCUGGCCUCCCACUGACUGCAGGCUCACUGCUGUGAGUCUUGGAGGAUGGAGGGUUCCCCUGAUCAGGAUUAUGGUGGAAAAGCUGAGACUCCAGUCCUGGAGCAGAAGAGUUGGUGUUUAUUACGAUACAAAAUGAAAUGAUGUGUAUGGGUUUGUCGACAUGGGAUUUGAGCCCCACUUGCUGCUAUCCCAGCAUUUCCUAAAACGUGGUUUGGGAAAUCAUGAGAGGCUAAUGACUUCAGCUUAACUUGUGAGUAAACUUAAAACUUGAAUCUUGAGAGUCUACAUUUUCUUACCAGCAGGAUCUGGACUGCCAUCUCCUUAUAAAUGUACAACAUAUGAAGUAGGGGUCACCUGACAGAAACCUUUUACCCUGCCUUCAGGCCUGUGCAGGCAAUUCUCAAUCCUAACAACAACUCCAUCAGGGGCCAAGCACAGGCAGAACAUUAGAGCUUUUUAAAAUAAACAGUUCUCUU